CACAGAACCUCCAUUUAAGAAGCGUAUCCAGGACAAUCAUCUCUUCAUUUCUUACCAGCUAAAAUCCCAACUCCAUCAUACUCACAUAUUGGGCACCCUCUACUCUCCUUUUCAGCUAAGCUGUGGAUCCUUGUAUUCUUGGAAAGGGUACCCUUCCGAAACUCAGGUGCUUUGCCUCAAGUCCCCCUACAACAUUUGGCAUCUAACGUGUUUGGUUCUUGGGAAAGCUGCUCCUGUACCCCGGAUGAUCCACAAGAAUACAGCUUCUCAGGUAGGAAGCGGCUCUUCUUGGACUCCUGAAACACCCCAUUUUUGAGGGGUGACAUCUUUGUGGGACCUCUUUUGCUCUCUCUCCCAUUGACCUCAGAGGUCAGUCAGGCUGCUGGAUUUGGGGCCUAUCGUCCGCUGUUUCAAUAUUAGAAGACAUUCUAAUUUAGAGGAGACUCACCUCAGUGCUGAGCUAGUGAUACAAGUCAGGCAACCUCUGUGGAUGCACAGUUGUUGACUCUUGGUAAGCAAUUGGCCAUUCCUCAUCUAAAUGGGACAGAGACAGAGCAUACCUCGAGAUUCCCCUUUGGGGUGCAUACUUAAAAAUUGGAAAAAAUUGACUCUAGACAGCUUGAGAAGAAAGAAACUAAUUUAUUUUUGUAAUGUUGAAUGGCCACAUUACACCCUUGAUAAGCAAGAGGUUUGGCCUAUUCAUGGUACCCUGAAUUAUAAUACCAUCUGUCAAUUGGAUUUGUUCUGCAGGAGGGAAGGGAAAUGGACAGAUAUUCCCUAUAUUUCAGCCUUCACUAAACUUAGUCGGAACCCAGACCUUAGGAAGACCUGUAGGAUGUGCCUUACUGUGCCCUUGCUGACCCCCAGUGGAGAAAGUUCUCAGGAAGAUGUUCUAGAUGAUAUAGCCUUUAUGAGGAUUGCUCCAUUGGCUGAGGUACAACCAAAGCCUCCCUCCUCCUCAGCCUCCACAGAAACAACAUCCACUUCAGGAUCUUCUCUUCUGGGUUCAGCUGUUUCCUCUCCUCACCCCUUGGCUCCCAAACCCCCACCUUACUCUCUGGAUUCAGAGCCUGGGACCACUCCCAUCCCCCAAAUCACUCCCUAUCGUAACAUUCUUUUAUAUCCCCCACUGCCUGAUAUUCCCAUCUCUUCCAUCCCCCACCCAAGCCCUCUUCACACCCAGUGUGGACUGAGUUAUGGCAAUAGGGCUUGUCUGCUCCCUGAGAGGGAAGUACCUUCACAAAAUGGGACAAUUCCACUACAUGUGCCUUUUUCUAUGACAGAUUUAGCCUAUAUUAAGGAGAAAUUAGACUGCUACUCAGAAAACCACACCAAGUUCAUUGAAGGGUUUAAAUCACUUACCCUACAAUUUGACCUGUCCUGGGCAGAUUUGAAUAUUAUUAUUUCUAAUUGUUUUACUCCAGAUGAGAAAAAGAGGAUCUGGAAUUUGGCUAUAGGAAUAGGAGAUGAGAAGGCUCAAAGCAGCAUAUGGGUGGGAAUCCCUGGUGCCACAGCUGUGCCAGGGCAGGAUCCUGGGUGGGAUUAUCAGAAUGAGAGACACAGACGUGGAAGGGACCAUAUGAUUGAUUGCCUCUUCGAAGCCAUGCAGAAAGGAAUCAGAAAGCAAGUGAACUAUUACAAACUUAAAGAGGUUACUCAGAGGAAAGAAGAAAAUCCUGCUCUUUUCGUGUCCCGAUUUGUCAAAGCUGUGAAAAAAUAUACAAAUGCCCAUCCAGAGUGUGAUGAAGGGGCAAUUGUCUUACACCUCCAUUCUAUAGGACAGUCAGCACCAGACAUCAAGCCAAAACUGCAGAAGAUGGAUCUGGGACCCCAGAUUCCAGUGAACCAAUUAAUAGAUGCCGCUUUUAAGGUUGUUCACAACAGGGACCUUGUGGAAACAGAAGGACAGGCCUAUGAGAAACUGCUUACAGCUGCCCUCACCUCCCUAACCCAUGGGCAGAGGCUAAAGGGUUCUUGCUAUGCUUGUGGAUGGAAUGGGAAUUGGUCACAGAACUGUCCUUCAAAGGAAGGACUGUCCUUGACUACAUGCCUAGCUUGUUGGCAACGGGGACACUUGAAAUGCCAGUGCCCCACUAGAGCAGAACCUCAGCAAACCAAGAAGCAUCUCCCUACCCUCAAGUCUCCUGAAUACUCAGAACAGACAUGCCCUGGAGCCAGCUCGCUCCCAUUUUCUGUCACCAUGGAUGAACCCAGGGUCUCUCUCAAGGCUGAAGGUAAGGUGGACUUAAGGUAAGUGACCUUAGAAAGGUAAGUAACCUUUCUAAUUGACAUGGGAACUACUUACUUGGUUCUUAUAUUUCACCAUGGUCCUACAAUUUUAUCACAGCACAGGAUAAUUGGAGUUGGUGGGAAGAUACUUAGAUGUAGAGAAAUGGCACCCCUAGCCUGUGCCCAUGAAGACAAAUUAUUUCAACAUGUAUUUUUGGUUAUUCCCUUCUCCCCAUGCCCCUCACUGGACAGGGAUAUCAUGAAGAAGCUAGGCUUUCAAUUCUCCCUUAUCUCAACUCUAUCUUCCCCAUUGUGAUUAGCCACUCCCUUGCCGAAACCCUCAACAAUAUCAUCAGAGAUCUGGGAGAAAGUGCUUCCCAUAGUCUAGGAUCAAAACAUUCCUGGGUGAGUCUUUCAUGCAACCCCAGUAAUGGUUCACCUUAAACCCAAUUCUCCUUAUCCACAAAGAAAGCAAUACCCUAUAUGCCCAGAGGCCAGAAAGGGAUUACAACCUCUCACUGAUAAAUUCCUAGCCCAUGACCUAUUGGAGAAUUGUUCUUCACCUUGUAAUUCAACCCUCCUCUCAGCAAAAAAAAAGAAAUGGGGCUUGGUGUAUGGUCCAAGAUUUUAGACAUGCAAAUGAAGAAAUAAUUUCUUUCCACCCCAUUGUCUCUAACCCAUAAACCAGUUUGGCUCAGAUACCAGGAAAUUCUCAAUGUUUUUCUACCAUUGACUUGAAAGAUGAUUUCUUUUGCAUCCCCCUGCACCCAGAGUGCAUAUUCCUCUUUGCAUUUGAGUGGGUCUUCCCCUCAAACCUCCAACCCCACAAAAUCAUGUGGUGUGUCCUUCUACAGGGUCUAAAGGACAGUCCCCAUUACUUUGGGAAUGCCCUCAGCAAAGAUCUCAGGGUCCUAAAACUCACAAGUAGCUCAAUCUUAAAAUAUGUCAAUGACAUUUUGAUAGCUAGGCCAUCGAAGGCUGCUUCUAUUACAGAUACAAUUUCUACUCUAAACUUCCUAGGAAAAUGGGGUUGCAAAGUCUCUGCCUCUAUAUCCCAACUAAUCUCUGUCUGUAACUUAUAUGGAACACAUCCCAAAUUCUCACUCUCUGACCAGAGACCUGAAACAGGCUAUCCUGUCCAUACCUAUUCCCUCCACAAAAAAAGAGAGCCCUGAAAUUUUCUGGGUAUGACAGAGUUUUGCCACAUUUGGAUCCUAAAUUUUGGAAUCAUUGUGAAACCUCUCUAUGAGGCCACAAAGGGACCUGAUUUGGAACCCCUGGAUUUGGGGGGGAGGGUGAUCAGGAAUGAGCAUUUUCACUUUUAGAAUCAAGGCUCUCCUCAGCCCCUGUCUUAGGGAUUCCAGACCUCAAAAAGUUGUUUUUCUGGUUUGUGGAUGAGAAAAAGCAAUUUGCCAUAGGGGUUUUAGCACAAUACCUGGGACCUGACCUCUGCCCAGUAGCAUACUUCUUCAAAUGAUUGGGUUUGGUCAGCCAAGGGUGGCCAUCAUGCUUGAGAGCUGUUUCAGCCACUGUCCUCAUGGCAAAAGAAGCAUCUAAGCUAACUCUGGGCUAAAUAUUAGAAAUUCUGACCCCUCAUAGGGUCUUCAACAUUCUGAAACUAGAGGCCACAGAUGGAUCACAGGGGGCUGCCUUACAAAAUACAGAACUCUUUUGCUAAACACACCCUACCUCAUCCUAAGGGUUAGCAGGAUGCUGAACCCAACUCCCCUACUCCCUCUUCCAAAAGACCCCACCCCCACCCCCCAUGACUGUGAGGGAUUUAUAGACUAUAGACUUUUCAAGCUGACCAGACCUUAAAGAUAGUCCAUUACCUAACCCAGACAUGGUCUGGUUCACAGAUGGGGCAUCUUUUAUGGAAAAUGGGAUUAGGAAAGCAGGGUACUCAGUGGUAUCUGAGAUAGCCCGGAUGCAAAAGGGCUUCCCCCUGGGACUUCAGUGCAAAAAGCAGAGCUGAUUGCCCUCACAAGAGGGUUACAGCUAGCUAAAAGGAAAAAGGCUAACAUCUAUACUGACUCAAGAUAUGCUUUCCAUGUUCUACACACCCAUGAGGCUGAAUGGAAAGAAAGAGGUUUACUAACCUCCAAGAAGACUCCCUUAAAGCACAGGAAGGAAAUCCUGAGCUUACUUGAGUCAGUCACACUACCAAGGCAGAUCGCUGUUAUGCACAGUCCAAGCUCUGGACUCCAACAUAGCCCAAGGGAACCAUGGGGCAGACCUAACCACCAAAAGGGCUGCAGAAACCACUCCAUUGCCUGCUCUGACCCUAAUCCUAGAACACUCCAUAGUGAUAAUGAUCCCAUCUUUAUUGCACAAAUCACACAGAUGGUUGCCAAGGCACUGGGCAUUACUUAUCAUCUACACUCAGCCUAGCACCCCCAAUCUUCAGGGAAAUCAGAAUUUAUAAAUCAGACCCUAAAAAGAGCCCUCACCAAACUUUGUGAGGAGGCAAAGAUUGUUUGGAUCCAGGCCCUCCCAAUUGCACUGACCAGAAUUUGGAUAGCUCCCUCAGUAAAUCUAGGGCUAAGUCUAUUUGAUUUCCUGUAUGGGAAACCUUUCUUAACCUCUGAUUUUUUUUAGAUACAGAAAUCCAUAGUGUUAUGCGAUUCUCUAAGCAAGUUGGUCCCAUUCAUCAAGCUCUAAGGGAAUACACCAAUCAGACUCUCCCCAAAACUUCAAAGGAGGAUAGAGAGGAAUUCACACACCCCGCCUAAACAAGAGACUUGGUCUACCUGAAAAUCUGGAGAACAGAAGGAUCAAACCCAGCUAAUACCUCGAUGGGAGGGUCCCUAUCAAAUUAUCCUAUCCACCCCCAAUACUGUCAAACUGGAGGUACAGAAUACAUGGACUCAUGCCUCUUGUAUUAAAUCCUAAACAGUUGGUAGAGGGGGAGAAGAAGACACCUAUUCUUGUGAGCCAGUGGAAGAUCUCAAAUUCCUCUGUUGCUGCAGGAAAAACCUACAGAAGGGCACUUUGGAAUAAGUAUCCCCUCCCCCUCUCUCCCUGUUAUCUUAAUCUCUCUUAUUACUUUUGUUACUUUAACUCUUAACUACCUGACCCAUGACUUAUUCCUCUCCUCACAUUCUGGGUCUUCUUUUUGUUUUAAAGUAUGCAUACCCAGCCAGCUGGACAGAUAAUUCCUUGAUUCAACUUGGGGAAGCAGUAGCAAAAGCAGGUUCCUCUGACUGUUGGAUUUGUAUGAAACACCCUGCCCCCCCACCCCACAAGUGGAAAAAGUCCCAGACCUCUAGCCCAUGGUCUCAGUGCCUUUGAGGCUUCCAGGAGAUUUACAUCCACUCCAGUUUUGGCUACUUCCCUAUGAAAUACCUUAGAGGAUGCUACUUGCUUUCUCACAGGACAGCCUCUCACUUUUAUAGAAUAUGCCCAAGCCUAGCACACUGGGACAGUAUUCAUCAAGGAUGGGUGGGUUAACCUAGAGCCCUUCUGGUAUAAGUGCUUUGAUAAGAGUUGGAACACUAACCCUUUUCCUUUUAAUAUGACUCAUACACUAUGUAGAAAUUGCUCUGAGGAUCUUGCCACCUUCAUGAUAGCAGUAACAAUAUAUAUAUGGGUAUCCCAAUGAAACCAACCAAACUCCCAGGGAUAGCUUCAAGAAGUUCUCCACCCUAACCCCCUUUCCAAACAACCACACUAUGCUAAAAACUUUACUCAAGGCUGGCAUCAGACCCAAUAGGUUAGCAUCCUACAAUAGUUCCUCUGAAUGGGGAAUUAAUGCUACCCAAAUGCUAAAAUUCAUAGAUAGAUCUAUUUGUGCCCCAUUCAAGGUACAGAUUCAUCUGUGGUCACCAUAUGGCCCCCCUAACUUCUCAGGUCAGCACCCCAUUUUAUACACCAGAGUGGUCACCUGAAGAAUCUUUUAAGUCAGUAGUUUUAACUACAUCCUGCCUUAGUCCCUAUAUCAACUUUGGAGCAUAUACUUUGGGCUUCCUGGAGUUCCAUGUAUUUUUAUACCAGAAUUCCCUAACCCCUUAUCCCACUGAAGAAUACAGGGUAAAGGGGAGUUCUUGGGACAAUUUCUUCUGGUGGGCUCAGAAGACUACAGCACUGACAAUCCUCUGGAUAGGACACUUGAGCCAUGAGGUCAUACUGACCAACCUGACCUUAGCAAUUGAGAGUUGAAAAAAGCUACAUUUUAUUUAUCACCCCAUUUUGGGAGUGUGGUUGAAGUUUUUUUUUUAUUAAUAGAAUUUAUUUUUGUUUAUUAAUUUAUUAAUGUUUAUUAAUUUAUUAAUGUUUAUUUUAGAAUUUAUUAAGGUUAAUUUUGCUAGAUUUCUUGUUGAAAGAUAAUUCAAUCAGAGUCCCUGGAGACCUAACUAUUAUCCCAGCCACUUAUCAGGGAGCCAAAAUCUAUGCAAGAUUUUUACAGCCUAGAACCUGAAGGAAAGAAGCUACCAAAAACAUCUCUUCAGGGAACCUCAUAGCUACAGAAGAAAGACUUCACCAAGCUUCCCAAGGACUAUUGGAACCAGAUAAGUAUUCUGUUUCUUGUCUCCAUUGAUGUUUUUAAUAGGAUACUUAAUUAGAAUUUUACUGAUAUUUUUAUUUUGCCACUAACAGUGAGAGGGGCCAUCUUCAGAUUCAAAAGCCCUGAUAAAACUUCGAUAUGGAUUUUAUUUUUGCUUAUAUAUUUCUAUAGUUUAGUUUGUACUUAUUUUUAUUGUUGUUUAAUAAGAUUACCUUGGUAUAGAGUAAAACAAUCUUUUUUUAUGAUUAAGCAUAUAGCUUACAUAUUUUUGUAAUUGAUAUAAAAUAUUCUGAUAGAAUUAAUAAGAAGGUGUUAAGAACUAGCUAAUGAGAUUGCUUUUAAUAAUUGAUCUAAACAAAAGUGGCAAGUAUUUUUAAGGACUGCUGACAUUUUAAAGCAGACCAAAAAUUAGCGGCAUAUUUUAAUCCCAUAUGAAAUAGCAAGCAAAAUCACUGGGAGUUAUUCAAGUCUUAUUGAAGGUUUAUGGUUUUCUCCUGUUUUCUCUUGCAGCAAGGACGUUGUCUACCCAAAAGAGAGAUCUGCAAAGGAGAGUACAUUGAUGUCUUCAUCAGCACCCAUUUGAAAGACUAAAAGACUUUGGGGAAAUGAGGUAGUGUUUUGUUUGUUAUACCUUUGUUAGGGCAAUGGCUGCGACAGGCUGGCUAAACCUUGUGAGGGUAGCCACAGGGUUGUCAUCGACCCCUGGUGAACUAGGGCUUUGCUUACCCAGCAUGUGAAGACUGUUUCGGUGGAACAGGCGGAAGAAACCAACAAGAAGGUUCAACAGCUGAGAUGGCGAUACAGCAAGGCACUGUGGAGUGCUUAGGGCGUGUUGGAGCACAAAAGACGACAUGGCCAUCCAAUGUAGCUGAGGAAGUCUCCAGGUGUAACAACUUUUUGUGCCAAUGGACCGAGGCUUCCAACGCCGAGAGAGUGGGACUAUCUCUGUGCAUCGACUUUUCCACUUAAAUCUUCAUGCACAAGUGUCUUUGUGCCCAAAAAUGCAUAAAGACAAUCGUCAUCUUCGGUUACUGAGAGACUACUACUACUAACUUUGUUAGAAGUGUGAUAAAGGAUGAAAGGUUUGCAAAAACUGUUGCAAAAACUGAGAGAUGCAAACCUUAGAGAAUGAUUGACAGGAGCAUGUGACUAAGGAUCACAUGGGAGCCUGGGCCUUGGGAUCUGGGAAAAUUCUAUGCCCAAUGUUUGCUUCAUCUCAUAGUCUGCUCUCCUGGAAGGACCUAAGGCUUGAAGAGGAUUUUUCUCCUGAGACCAUCAAGGAAAGAGGUUUCCUGGAUCUGGCUGCUGGUAGCAUCAAUAAGAAGAUGUCUGGACUACUUGGACAUCUACCAAUUGAAGAUCCUGGCCCUAUUUGAUUGGACUCCUGGUGUAAGACUUGGAUGUUGGAAAGUUAAUGCUUAGCUUAAUAAGAUAGUUUAGCUAGUUUAUAAAGUUUAGCUUUUACGAUAAAUAUAAGUAUAGUUAUCCCUAAAACCUCUGUUCCUUCCUACUCUUCCAACAAAUAAAUUUGAUUUUAUUUUAAUGUUCCCCAUUGUUCUUUCCUCACCCCAAAUCCCAUCAUAACAGAAGCAGACUGCCUGCUUUCUGUUCCUUUGUUAAUGUGCCAAGCAUUUGGGGAAUGCCCCCAAAUGCCAGUUGUCUAUACUUGUACCCCAAAGUUUUCCACCUUUAGUAACAGGGUCAAACUCUCUUAAGCAACACCCACUUAUUCUUUUGUGUGGUCAAAGGCAUUAAGCCUUGACCACAAGGGGGGGGAUGUCAACUUGAAAUCUAGAAACCCCAAGUUUAGUUAGCUUGAAAACUGGAGACCCCAAUUUUGCCCCUGCUCCCCUGAGAAUUUGCCUCCAGGAAAGUCUCAGACUUGCCAUAUCAGACUGAAUAACAGACCCUGAAGUACUUGAUUAUCCCAGAUUAGGUGGGGCUUAAUUUAAGCAUAUACUAAAUACCCUUUUAGUUUUAGAAGAUAUCCCAUUGUAUCAAAGUCCUCUCCCAGGCAGCCCAACCCUUGUCUGAAUGUUUCCCUUUUGUAUACAUUGUAAAGUAUCAGCCUCUCCCUGGUAGCCCAGCCUCUGGCUAUGGUUCCUUUCCCAAGUCUGUCAGUGCAGUUUGAACAUUCCCAUUUCUUUGUAGUCAUGGUAAUGCCAAUCAGUCAUAUUUCCCUGUCUCUCAGUUCAUAUAAGUUCCCCAAAUUAUUUUUCUCCUUAGAGCCAUCAUCUCACAUGGUGAUCUCUCCCAGGGAUCCUGUGGCCAGAGUGCCAGAGCCUUCAACUCUAUGUGGGUUUUGAGCCUCUGACUCUGUGUGGAGGCCUAAGGAUUGUAGCGCAUCCCUUUCCUGA